AUGACGAAACAUUAUUUAUGGGCAGGAUAUGAAGAUGAUGGUGAUCCUGAUUAUAGUUGUAGUCAUUGUGGUGCAUUAUUUUGGUAUGGAGAGAGGGUUAGAAGAACCAGAAAAACUAAUAACCCAGUCUAUAUUGGAUGUUGUAUGCAAGGACAAAUUGUUCUACCUAUGCUAAAAGAGUCUCCAGAGAUGUUAUGGAAUCUACUAACAAAUGAAGAUGAUUUAUCACGUCAUUUCCAAGAGAACACUAGACCUUACAACAUGCUUUUCUCAUUUACAUCUUUGGGUGGGAGGGUAGACCGUUCUGUUAAAAAAGGACGUGGUCCAUCAAUGUUUGCUUUGCAAGGCGAAAACUAUCACUUGAUGGGUUCUUUGAAACCAAAGCCUGGUGAUUAUGCAAAGUUUCAACAGCUUUAUAUUGUUGACACUCAAAAUGAAGUCAACAAUAGUUUGAAUGUUAUGAGCAAAGAAGACCGUAGAAACAAUGUUGAUGGAAAGAAAAAAUUCAGGCCAGACCUGGUGGAAAGCUUCAUUAAAUUGCUUGACGACGUUAAUCCUCAUGUGCAAGCUUUCAGAAUGGCCAGAGAUAGGUUUGAUAUCGAGAAAGAAGAAUCAAACUUCCAUAUGAGGAUUAUCUCAAAUCGCAAGACUGAUGGUAGGGAAUAUAACAUCCCUACGGCCUCUGAAGUUGCUGCACUGAUUCCAGGAGAUAUUGAUGCGAGCAUGGAUAAGCGAGAUAUAGUUCUUCAAAAAAGAAGCGGUAAAUUACUAAGAAUUCAUGAAUGUCAUGUCGCAUAUCUGGCCCUACAGUAUCCUUUACUUUUUCCAAGAGGAGACGAUGGCUACAGACUUGGUAUUAAGAAGACAAAGAUAACCAGAGGCAGUAAAUCAAAUAAACAGACAAAGAAUAAGGAUUCAAAGAAAAAGAGUCAGAAGGAUGUAAGUAUGAGACAGUGGUUUGCGUAUAGGCUUCAAGAAAGGAAAAAUGAGAAGCACACCCUUCUAAGAUCAAUGCGAUUACUACAGCAGUUUAUAGUAGAGGCUUAUACUAUGAUCGAAACAAAUAGGCUUAGGUUUUUUGAAAAAAACCAAAAGAAACUUCGAAGGACAUACAAGGAAGAUUUGAGGAAAGCAGCAGAAGAUGGAGACGACAACCUAAGCAAUCAUGGAGACUCUUUAAUUCUACCCGCUUCUUUUACUGGGGGACCAAGGUAUAUGAGGCAGAGCUACCUUGAUGCAAUGGCUACAUGUAAGAAGUUUGGGUUUCCAGACCUCUUUAUUACAUUCACAUGUAAUCCUAAAUGGCCUGAACUAGUAAGAUUUGUCAAUGAGAGGAAGCUAAAGGCUGAAGAUAGGCCAGACAUCAUUUGCAAAAUAUUCAAGCUCAAGCUUGAGAAUCUAAUGGAUGACAUCACAAGAAGACAUAUUUUUGGAAAAACAGUUUCAGCCAUGUACACAGUAGAGUUUCAAAAGAGGGGUCUUCCGCAUGCUCAUAUUAUCGUAUGGAUGGAUUCCAAAUGCAAGUUCCCUACUGCAGACGAAAUUGACAAGUUAAUUUCUGCUGAAAUUCCAGACAAAGAUAGAGAUCAAGAACUCUACAAUAUAAUAUCAGAAUGUAUGAUUCAUGGUCCAUGUGAUAGUGCUAACCCAUCAUCUCCUUUCAUGGAAGAAGGUAGUUGUACAAAAUUUUAUCCAAAACAGCAUGUUAAUACCACCAGCAUUGACAAGGAAGGUUACCCGGUUUAUAGAAGAAGAAAGGAUGGGCGUUUUAUCGAGAAGAAUGGUUUCAAAUGUGACAAUCGAUAUGUUGUCCCUUACAAUCGGACUUUGUCCCUUAAAUAUCAUGCUCAUAUUAAUGUGGAGUGGUGCAACCAAACAGGUUCAGUAAAAUAUGUAUCUGCAUGUGAAGCAAUGUGGAGAAUUUUAGCCUACCCAAUACAUUAUAGGCAAACCGCUGUUGUGCCACUCACUUUCCAUGAGGAAGGCAAACAACCUAUUUAUUACCGUGAAGGUGAGUUUGCACAGAAUGUCAUGGAUCAUGACUCUCUUGAUGAAUAUCAGUUUCUUGCUUUAUUUGAACUUAACAAGCGUGAUGAAGAAGCUAGAAAGUUAUUAUACGAAGAAAUACCAAGCAAGUUUAUUUGGGAUGGCAAUGAGAAAGAAUUUUAUAGGAGAAAAACAAGAGCAGUUGCUAUAGGGAGAAUUAACUAUGUUCCUCCCACCAUCGACGAUGCAUAUCAUUUGAGGAUCCUUCUCAAUUCCAAAAGAGGUCCUACCAGUUUUGAUCACAUUAAAACUGUGAAUGGUGUCAUACACAAAACGUACCGUGAAGCAUGUUACGCUCUUGGUUUAUUAGAUGAUGACAAAGAAUAUAUUGAAGCCGUUUUAAGUACUCCUCAUACUGUAUGGGAAGAAACUUGGGAGCUUACAAUGACUGAUGAAGAAAGGAAAAUAUGGUGUUUACAUGAGAUAAACAAACAGUUGAAAAGAAAUGGUUCUUCACUAAAGGCUUUUAAAACUCUGCCCCAGCUACAGAAUGAGAAUCUUCCUAUUUUAAACCAGUUAAUAGCUGAUGAACGGAGAUUCAUCAAUCAAACUGAUUUACAAUCCAAUCAUCUCAAGUGGUUAAAUAUGCUUACGGAAAAGCAGAAGAAGAUAUAUGAUGAGAUUAUAGAUGGAGUAUUUUUCUUAUAUGGUUUUGGUGGAACUGGUAAAACAUUUCUUUGGAGAGUUUUAUCUGCAGCCGUAAGGAUCAUGGGAGAAAUAGUGUUAAAUACUGCAUAUAGCGGUAUAUCUUCUCUUUUGUUAGAGGGUGGCAGAACAGCACAUUCAAGGUUUGGCAUUCCUCUUGAUGUUCAUGAAACGCCUAUGUGCCAUAUGUCAAGGUCUUAUGAUCUAAGUGAAUUAGUCCAAGAAGCGAAGUUGAUAAUUUGGGACGAAGCUCCAAUGAUGAGUAAAUACUGCUUUGAGACUUUGGAUAGAAGUUUGAAAGAUAUAAUGCGUGAUCCAGAAGAUAAACCUUUUGGGGGUAAGGUCAUUAUUUUUGGUGGUGAUUUCCAACAGAUACUUCCUGUUAUUGUUGGUGCUGGUCGUGAACAAAUUGUUAACUCCUCGUUAAACUCAUCUUCCCUUUGGAAUCAUUGUAAAGUUUUAAGGCUAACAAGAAAUAUGAGGUUGCUGCAAAACAUAAGUCCAAAUGAAGCCAGGCAGAUUGAAGAGUUCUCGAAAAGGAUUCUUGAUGUUGGAGAAGGAAGACUUAACGAGCCAAAUGAUGGAGUUGUUGAUACUGACAUCCCAGAAGAAUUUCUUAUCACAGAAGUGAACUCUCCAAUUGAAUCGAUCAUUAAUGCAAUAUAUGGAAAUUGGUUACAUUCAGCCAAGGAUGCCAGCUAUUUUCAAAACAGAGCUAUUUUGUGUCCUACAAAUGAUGAUGUCAGCACUAUAAACGACCAAAUGCUAUCCAUAUUAGAAGGUGAUGAAAGAGUUUACUUAAGUUCAGAUAGUAUUGAUCCUGCAGAUAAAAGGUCGAAAGACAAUCCUGCAUAUAGCCCGGAUUUCCUAAACUCAGUUAGGAUUUCAGGAGUACCAAACCAUGCUCUUUGUUUGAAAAUUGGUUGUCCAGUAAUGUUGUUACGCAAUAUUGAUGCUCAUGGAGGUCUAAUGAAUGGAACAAGACUACAGAUUACACAAAUGGCUGAUCAUGUUUUACAAGCAAGAAUAAUCACGGGAACGAGAGUUGGUAAAAUUGUUCUUUUACCAAGGAUGGUAUUAAUACCAUCAGAUACCUGA